AUGGUGGUUUUUAAGAUUGGUUAAGCAGUUGGAAAGAGAACAUGGGUCCUUGAAGGUAUGAUCAAAAUUCUAUCUAUAAAUUUUGAUUCUUUAAAAUUUAAAGAUCUUAUAAUAGGCCCAAAAUCUUGCUAAGAUGAGGCAUCGAAUUAAAGUUUAAUUUAAGAGUAUUAGAGAAAUAGAUAAUAAAAUACUCAUUAAAUGACUCAUAUCAAAAAAUGUCAGUUGGAAGUGCACAAUAGAAAGUCAAAAUUAUUUUGCUACUGGUUCAAUGAGAACUAUAAGUACUAUAAAAAUUAAAUAUUCCAUCAAUUGAAACGUGAGAAGAAAUUAUAAAAAAUCCAAAAACUGAAGUGA